AUGAGAACAGAAAUCAGAUUCCACUAUGUCCUGCUCAGAACCAUGCUGGAUUCUCAUCACUGGGCUGGUCAGAGAGCCCUGGGGCGACCGCCUGCCUCUCCCCCAGCCUUCCUUCCGUCCCCUGGCCAGGCACUUCUCCCUGCCCGCCCUGUGCUCCAUCCUUGUGUCCUCCCGCCUGCCACAGCCUCUGCUGUUUCUGCUGCCUUCCCGUCCCCUGCUUCCCGUGGUCAGUUUCUCCACGCCCCGUGCCUGCUAUCAGACUCGGCUUUGUCUGGGCCUUCUUUCCACUGCCCUGAGAGUGCCCUGAGGACAGGGGGUCUGCACCCCCGCCCUUCUGCAUUCGAGGACCAGUCCAGGACACCAAGCCACAGGCUGCCACCUCUGAUGCGCCAACCCCCUCACCCAUCCCCAGCUUCGAGCAUGGCCCUAAGGACCCAGAAUCACCUGCAGAGAACUGCCUUGCAGACCGAGGCUGGGCUGGUGGGCAGAGGCCUGGAGAAGCUCACCCGUAUCCCCACAGUGCAGGGCGGGCCUGGACCUAAGACAGAGCACCCACCCCACCCAGCCAGCUCUGCUGCCGCCUCCUGGUGA